AUGCGAUGGGAUUUGUUCAAGCAAGUCUAUCUGAGCUUGUCUUUUCCUGCUUGCACAGUCACCCACCCCUGGAAGGAGCAAAUGCCCAACAGCAGCUCCAUCACCCAGUUCCUCCUCCUGGCAUUUGCAGAGUCACGGGAGAUGCAGCUCUUGCACUUCUGCCUCUUCCUGGGCAUCUACCUGGCUGCCCUCCUGAGCAACGGCCUCAUCAUCACCGCCAUAGCCUGCGACCACCACCUCCACACCCCCAUGUACUUCUUCCUCCUCAACCUCUCCCUCCUCGACCUGGGCUCCAUCUCCACCACUCUCCCCAAAUCCAUGGCCAAUUCCCUCUGGGACACCAGGGACAUUUCCUAUGCAGGAUGCACUGCACAGGUCUUUUGGUUUCUCUCCUUUGUUUCUUCAGAAUAUUAUCUUCUCACCAUCAUGGCCUAUGACCGCUACGUUGCCAUCUGCAAACCCCUG